GCUGCUGAAGCUAAGAGACUUUCAUUGCUUGCUUUAGAAAUAUGAAGCAGUUUUCAGAUCUUUCUUUUCUUUAAAAUAUAAAUGAACCCUUCAUAUUUAUUCAUUUGUUUAUCCAGAACAGUGCUAUAUUCAAAUGUAAGAGCCAAUCAGGAUUCAGAAUAUGAACUAUUGUUUCAUUGAAAUCAAGACCAAAAUAACAUGCACAUUGCUCCUCAAGGACUUCAAUUGUGACAACGAGACCAUUUUUUCACCAUUGUAACGUAAUGAAGUUUUGCCAUUUGAGCGUUUGAACGGGGCUUAAUAUGAACGCUUUUCUCAUGAUAAGAGAUAUUGAUAUUUAAACUGCAAAGAUUUUUGACGAGGAGUCGUUUCAAAUAAGCUUCAAAUAUUGCUGGAUUUUGCAAAAUCUUUCAGCAAAAUUUUAGGAUUUGGUGAGAUUUUAUAGAUUUCAUAAUUUAUUUUAAAUAUUUUGAGAUUUCAACAAUGUUUUUAGAGAUUUCCUUAUUUUCUGAAAGGUUCACGAGAUUUUUAAGAGUGAUUCACCCCUCGCAUUACACAACGUUAAUGCUGAAAAUACCAUCGAAAUGUUUAGUGCUGCCAAAGGGAGGGCACCAAACAUCAUCAUUGGCUAUACGUCCUGUCGUAUAAGAGGAAAGUAAAACAAAGCUGUAAACUAUUUAGCUAAUUUUGGAAAAGAGGAAAACGAUAAAACAAUAAAUGCUGCUAUAUAAAGAUUAGAAGGAAUCACUGUGAAACCUAAUAACGAGAUUUUGAGACUUUGAAGAAGAAGAAGAAGAAAGAAACAAAAAUAGAAUUCAACUUGAAAAGAAAUUUAGAAUAGGAAUGCGAGAAGCAAAAUAUAUUUCUGGGAUUGGAAGAUGAGCUGGUUGAGAUAUGGCCACAUCAUAGUGACAGUCUCUUUCGAACCAUCGAAUCGAAUGUAAUUUGGUCUCGGUGCAAAACCUCAUAGACGAAGCUAGAAUAACAGUACACUACACAGUACACAGAAUAACAGUUUUUUUAUAAGAACAAUUUUAUAAGAACACGAGCCUCAAAAUUGGUCAAAAGUUAAGAAUAAAUUAAGAACAAACUGAGGCUGAGCUUCUGCAAAAUGCAAUUUUGAACAACGUUUUUUCUCAAAAUCGAGGAUUUUUAGCGAUGUGUGGGUGCUUUUUCGGUGAAUAUUCAAAUUUGUCAGCAAAUUAAGGCUGUCUCACUCACUUUGUUGGCAAAUGUGGCCUGAACACCUCCUCAGAGCGAAAAAGCUAGCAAUAGAACUGCACACACCCUCUUAAUUUAAGAACAAAUUAAGAACAAUCCAGCCUCAGAUUUUCGAAAAAAUUAAGAACAGUCAGCCUGAACUUGAAUUUACUGGUUCUUAUAAAAAAAGAGUUUAAUCCGUUAAUCUUGCGAGCGAAAUUUAAGCCGAAGAAAAGACGAAACUCCAUCACUUUGUGCUGGAACCAAGGUAUUCUGGAUCUUUUUCAAUCUAUUUCCUAUGCCAAACUGUUAUUUGUUGUUCAACUUGGACAAUGACUAAUUUCUUCCAUCAAAUUAUCAUGUUUUUUUUCAUAUAUGUCCUUGUGGUUAGGACAUAGUAACCAAGCUAAAGGUAAGAGCAUACUUAAGGAAAUUAUAUAUAAUGAAUUACAUGAAUUUUUAAUUUGAAUUUGUUUUAGGAGAAAAUAGUGGUCAUUGUUUGCGGUGAUUUACAGUGCUAAGUUGUUUGGGAGAUAAUUCUGUGCAAAAAGGUCCUUCUAAUGUUUGCUUGCCUGGUAAUGGGAACCCCCUAAGAAUUUUUUAGCGCCGCCCGUGCUAGGCGCUUCCCGACAGGGACAUCCUAAAAGGACCGCCAGUUAUGUAAAGUGAGACCCAAGACCCCUUGAUGUGCUAUUAAAAACUAAUAAAAAUUCCUUGCCGGGACCCGUUUUGUUUUGAGUACAAAUUAUAUUCAACAAAUGCCCAUUGUUGACCUGGAGGGAAAUGGUGCCAAAAGAGUAUAUUUGCAUUACAAUGCGUGACCUCGAUUGGUGCAACAAAAGAAACAACACCAUAACAAUAGUUGAAAGGCGGAGAGUUAUCAAUACCUUUGUCAAUCAGCUCUCAUUGAUAUUGUUUACUGAACAACAUUUGAAAAGGAGACGAUACUGACUGCUGGCAAAAUGGCAACAGGAAGUUGCUAAUAGCUACAUAAUUCUUUAUUAUUUGCCAGAGUUUUGCUGUACCAAAACCAAAACUUUGAAUUUGGUCGAUGCUGAAGCUUUGAGUACUGGUAGUGAAGAUUACUCGUAACCAUGGCCGAAGAUGAAAGUUUCAUUAAGGGAUACCAGACCAUGGACCUUGCUGAUGAUGGUCUAAAUGGUGAAAUGGGUUGUUUUUUUCGUGAUGGUGUUAGGAAAAUUGAUUAUGUUCUGGUGUUUAGUGAAGAAGUGGACAAAGAAGUAGAUCUGAAAAUAGUAAAAUACAGAGAGAAAUACCUUGAAAAUUUAAGAAAAUCACAUUUAGAGAUGGAAGAGGAAAUUACAAUCGACAAUCUGCAUUUUAUUAAAUGCCAUUGUCCAUUCGAAGUACUCAAAUUUUAUGCGGAGGAGCUUAGCUUCAGAGCUCCAUUGCAGCGUCGUGACACUGUGAAAACCAACUGGACCGAGCGAAUGCUUGCGAAGUUUCAUCUACCAAAUCCAUUCCAAGAAGAAGUUCCAAAUCCACCACCGGACUAUUUUACAACAACUUUCCAAGCAGAAAAAAUGUACAAAUUUAUUGGAAAUGAAAGUCCCGAAACAUAUUUCAACGAUACUCAGAGGUCAAGGGUUGCUUAUGAAAUCUUGGAAACGGCACCAUAUGGAAAAAGGCAGAGGGGAGAAAUAGGUAUUGAGAGAUUGGUUUCUGAGGGCUGCUUCGCUGCCGCUUAUCCGCUUCACGUCGGACCACACACACGUCAGCCAUAUUUGGCUCCAGAAGAUGGAGGAAUUGAGCCAGAGCCAGAGAUGAAUAACAGACAGAUCCUUAAAAACUACUGGGGACGCUGGGGGAAAUGGAGUAAAUACCAGCCUCUUGAUCACAUAAGAUUCUACUUUGGGGAGAAGAUUGGUUUAUAUUUUGCAUGGUUGGGCCAGUAUACUGCAUGGCUGAUUCUUCCUUCAUUUGUUGGUUUGCUUGUUUUCAUCUAUGGAGUUUUAACUAUUAAUUCAUUGGAUAACAAAGAUGCGAUUGACAUUUGCAAAGCGAAAAAAGGAGAGUACAGAAUGUGUCCUCGAUGCGAUGAAAAGUUCGGCUGCAAAUAUUGGGAUUUGAAAGAAAGUUGCAAUCUAGUUAAGGUUUCCUAUUUGUUCGAUAAUGCAGCGACUGUCUUUUUUGCCAUAUUCGUCUCAUUCUGGGCGGUUUUCUUCUUGGAAUUCUGGAAACGGAAGGAGAUAACAUUAGCCUAUCACUGGGACUGCCUAGGUUUCGAGUCUGAGGAGGAGAGACCACGCCCCACUUUUGCUGCACUUGCACCUACGGUCGAAAGAAACCCUAUCACUGGAAUAAUGGAGCCCCACUUCCCAGAAGACAAGAGAAAACGUCGCUUGUUCUCUGGAAUUAUUGUCAUCGUCACCAUGGUUUCUCUCGUGCUUAUAUUCAUGAUCGGAGUCAUUGUCUACAAGCUUCUUGUAUACAGACCCCUAGCCAAGAGUUCUCUGUCAGCUUCCCGUGCGCUUCAGAUUGCAAAUAUAUCAGGAGCCUUCUGUAACCUACUGUGUAUCCUGAUUUUAUCUCGUGUUUAUGAGAAAGUUGCGUUGGCUUUAACUCACUGGGAGAUGCAUCGAACGCAAACCGAAUAUGAAGAUAACCUGACGUUCAAAGUUUUCGUCUUCCAGUUUGUAAACUUCUAUGGCUCAAUUUUCUACAUUGCAUUCUUCAAAGGAAAGCUUAUUGGGUAUCCUGGAAAUUACAAGAAGCUGAUGGGUUUAAGGCAGGAAGAGUGUGGACCUGGUGGAUGCCUCAUUGAACUUGCCCAGCAACUUGUCAUCAUCAUGGUUGGCAAACAGCUGAUUGGAAAUAUCCAAGAGAUAGCUAUUCCUUUGAUUAAACAAAAGCUACAGAAAAGAAAGCGAGGAAAGUCAGAUGUGGACAAGCCUAGAUGGGAAGAUGACUAUGAGCUGGCUGAAAAUGAAGGUCUUUUUGCAGAAUAUUUAGAAAUGGUAAUCCAGUUUGGUUUCAUUACAAUCUUUGUGGCUGCAUUCCCUUUGGCUCCAUUUUUCGCUUUGGCCAACAACAUCUUCGAAAUUCGCAUCGACAGCAAUAAACUGGUUUGCGAAACUAGAAGGCCGAUUGCAGAAAGAGCUCAGGAUCUUGGAGUUUGGUUCAAUAUUCUCGAGGCCGUUGCGAAAAUUGCCGUUAUUAGUAAUGCCUUCCUGAUUGCUUUUACCUCGAAUUUUCUCCCAAAAUUACUCUAUCGCUACAAAAUUUCUAAAGAUGGAUCAUUGGAAGGCUAUCUCAACUACAGUUUGGCUUUAUCUCCCAAAAAUGCUACUUUGCUUCCGUGCAGAUACAGAGAUUUCCGCCAUGAUAAUGGGCAUUUGACAGCGUUUUAUUGGCAUCUGCUAGCUUUGAAGCUUGGCUUUGUCAUCAUUUUUGAGCAUUUCGUAUUUGCAACACACAUACUGAUCGACUUCUUGGUACCAGAUAUCCCAGAAAGCCUUGACAUCGCAAUCAAACGAGAAGCCUACCUUGCUAAACGAGCCAUGUCUGGUGGCCAUGCCCUCGCUGAAACAGAGGAUGAACUCGAUGAUAAAAGCAUAGAGGGAAAGUUAUAGUAUUAAAUGCAUUGCACGUGUAUGUGAGUUCUCAGAAGCUACAAUCUCGACUUUUUUUCUACAGAAUUGAUGUCAAAUCCCCUUUUCUGUCAUCUCGGCGUUUUCCUGCUCUCGCGACAUGAAUGCACUAUUUCUUAAGAAGCAUUACAAAGACGUAGUUUAAGAUUUUUGUAAUGAUUAUCUCAUUGGAUAGCAUUCUAGUCCCUGGACCUUACUUCUAAAUUUUUGUGUCAUUGUAACAAGAAAGUAAUAUAAAAUAGUAAAUUUCUUAUUGAUGCAUAUUUCUUUCAAGUCAAAGUAUCAAUUAUAUAUUUUUUUCUACAUUCAGUUUUCUAUAUUUUUGACUGCAGCUAGAAAUAGAACCAAUGCUGAUUAGGACUGAGUUUCCUGUUUCUUUGCCCCUUCAUAUUUCUAAACCCUCUUAUUUCUUUUUUAACUCUUAUCACCCUUUCCAAUCUUUAAGGAUCUUCAUGUACACAUAAUAUUUGAUUCUUUACAAGAGUAAAACCUCCCAGCUUAUAGUUAAGGACCAAUUUUCUUAAUGCAUCCAAAUUGCCCAUAACCUGAUAUACAGGCCAUUGUGCAUCUAAAUGGAUCAAUAAUAUAAACUUGAUUGCACUCAAAUUGGACGUAGAAAUUGUUUUAAUUGACACACAAAUCUGGAGAAGUACGACGUGAAAACAGGCGAAAUUAGUUUAUACUUAAAGAAAAAACUUUGCCGGAAUUCGAGUAGAAGUUUUGGAAUGUGUAAAAAUUUAUUCGCUAGACUUUUCAGUGACAAUGACUUGUAUUUAUAAUACAGUUUUGAAAAGUUCAUCAUGUUAACUGCAAGUGAGUAAUAAAUCAGAGAUGUUCAAGCCUAUAUUGCACUUGAUUGUUGCUGAUCAAUUUUAUGAUAGCAGCAAAGACCUUUCGUUGGGGGGGGGGCAUCCCUGACAAUUAAGUGUAACAACAACCAUAUUUUACAAACUAAAAAUAUUUUACUUAUGCUACUUGCGUUUUUUGGGGGACAAGGUCCUUUGAUAUCAGGAAAGAAGCAUGUUACAGAUUAACAUCAACCAAGAGAGAAAGACGUUUACCAGGAAAAAGCUAGCCCAUACUUUGGUAUACAAUUCCCAUUCUGCCGAUGUUGAGCGGUGAAUCUCGGCAUAAUACAACGUAAAGUCACGUUCAAGGAUUUGCCUCUUAAGAACAACAAAUAGAUACUUAUAGGCCGACAAGAAAAUGCCGGUUAAGAAAAUGUUAUGUAUGUUCCAAGGCCAACAUUUGUCGAUUUAUCAGUGGGAAAGAUCGUCGCCAAAGGGAUACCCCAAGAGCAGAAUAACAAGAAUGGUCUUAUUAAGUGUUUUACACAUUCACGCGAUAAAGAUUCACAGGAUGUUAAAAAUGGAUAUGUUUUUUAGUAAUAAAUGUUUUUUAACGAGUACGUAUAUCUAGCAAAAAGAAUUGUGAUAAGUAUUUUACCAUUUCAAUGUGGUUUAUCAUUUUUUUUUGUGACUGUUAUAAUAACAAUAUUAACAUUUUAUCAGUGCACAAAUUGAUUAUCACUGCAUGUUAAAUAAGGCCCUGAACAUAAAUAUUUAAAUCAUGAAUUAAAUCAAUUGUCCUCCAUAGAAACGAAAGCUAUAUGCUGUUUAAAUUUCGUCCUUUUCCGCAGAAAUUGCGCAAUGUUUUUACACCUGAUAAAAACAAAGAUUUAGCAUCGACGAAUUAAAUAUGAAAAUGGAUCCUGUCCUAUAAAAACAUCGCUGGGGUAGUUUUGGAUCCAAAUGGGAUGCAGCUAGAAAAAAUAGUUAUUAUGUCAGGUUUUUGUGUGAUAUAAGGACCCAUAUUCCGUGCCAAAUUGUCCAUGUAAGAAGUAGGCUCUCCUGUAUUGAUGGGGUAACUAAUACACUCAUUUUUUUUAUAAGAAACAAAGGUCGAUGUUGAGUACUCCAGUUUCUUAAUGUUCUGGAAAUUUCAAUACUCACUGUUUCUUAAGAGUUUCUUAAUUAUGAUGUCAUGAAUGAUGUUAUGAAAUCUUUGUGACCUUUUUUAACACGUCAAGAGAUUCCCUUCCGUUCCGAUGCUGUAUUUGGAUGUGGGAAGUAUAUUUUUAUCCCUUGUAUCUUAAGUUCUAGGCCAACAGGACAAUCAUGUUCUUAGAUUUUACAAAAUUUCGUUGUUCUCAGUUUUAUCACGAUUUAAUAGUUUCUUAUUUUGUUUGCUUCGAGUGCUGAAGUUUCUUAAUUUUUUCUGACUGUCCAGUACUCGUUUCUUAAAGCCAGUUCCUUAUAAAAAAAAUGAGUGUAUUAUUUUCCCCAUAAUUCGUUGUAUUUGCAUUUUCUGGCGAAAAUGUAUUGUUUCAGAUGCUUCAACCGUUGGUUGAAAUGCAAAUUUUUUUAAUAUGAUAGGAAAUACCCCCUAAAGAUGGUACUUCCAGCUAUUAAUACCUUUUCAAGUUACCACCCACACCCUUUCCCUGAAAAAUGAAUCAUCGCGAUUUGCAAGCUGGUGUGAGGAUUUGCCAAUUUUUUACACUUACCUCCU